CACGAUGGUGCUGCGUUGAAGGCGGCAAGGCACCAAGGCACGCUCGCCUCGCGCACACCAGAUCUGCUUAAAAGGUGGUGCACCCCUCCAAACCACCAACUUUUCUUCUCUGUCCCGCAUACCGAAAUCCAAAGCGUUUUCAACUGCGACUUUAGACAUCUUCAUCAAAAAGCACUUCACAGGACUCACUUCCAACCGUUAAAAAUCUUUCACCAUGGGUAAGGAGAAGACUCAUAUCAACGUCGUCGUCAUCGGCCACGUCGACUCUGGCAAGUCGACCACCACCGGACACUUGAUCUACAAGUGCGGUGGUAUCGACAAGCGUACCAUCGAGAAGUUCGAGAAGGAAGCCGCCGAAUUGGGCAAGGGCUCCUUCAAGUACGCCUGGGUGCUUGACAAGCUCAAGGCCGAGCGUGAGCGUGGUAUCACCAUCGAUAUUGCCCUCUGGAAGUUCGAGACCCCGAAGUACUAUGUCACCGUCAUCGACGCCCCAGGUCACCGUGACUUCAUCAAGAACAUGAUCACGGGUACCUCCCAGGCUGACUGUGCCAUCCUCAUCAUUGCCGCUGGUACUGGUGAGUUCGAGGCUGGUAUCUCCAAGGAUGGCCAGACCCGUGAGCACGCUCUCCUUGCCUACACGCUCGGUGUCAAGCAGCUCAUCGUCGCCAUCAACAAGAUGGACACCACCAAGUGGUCCGAGGAGCGAUACAACGAGAUCAUCAAGGAGACGUCCAACUUCAUCAAGAAGGUCGGCUACAACCCCAAGCACGUUCCUUUCGUCCCCAUCUCCGGCUUCAAUGGCGACAACAUGAUUGAGCCAUCCACCAACUGCCCAUGGUACAAGGGCUGGGAGAAGGAGACCAAGGCCAAGGUCACCGGCAAGACCCUCCUUGAGGCCAUCGACGCCAUUGACCCACCAUCCCGCCCAGUCGACAAGCCACUCCGUCUCCCACUCCAGGAUGUGUACAAGAUUGGCGGUAUCGGAACCGUACCAGUCGGUCGUGUCGAGACUGGCUCCAUCAAGGCCGGUAUGGUCGUCACCUUCGCCCCAGCUGGUGUGACCACUGAAGUCAAGUCCGUCGAAAUGCACCAUGAGCAGCUCGCCGAGGGUCUGCCAGGUGACAACGUCGGCUUCAACGUCAAGAACGUCUCCGUCAAGGAAAUCCGUCGUGGCAACGUCGCCGGUGACUCCAAGAACGACCCACCAAAGGGUGCUGAGUCCUUCAACGCCCAGGUCAUCGUUCUCAACCACCCUGGCCAGGUCGGUGCUGGUUACGCUCCUGUCCUCGACUGCCACACUGCCCACAUUGCUUGCAAGUUCGCCGAGCUUCUCGAGAAGAUCGAUCGCCGAACUGGCAAGUCUGUCGAAGCCUCCCCCAAGUUCAUCAAGUCUGGUGACGCCGCCAUCGUCAAGAUGGUUCCAUCCAAGCCCAUGUGCGUUGAGGCUUUCACCGAGUACCCACCUCUUGGUCGUUUCGCCGUCCGUGACAUGCGUCAGACCGUCGCCGUCGGUGUCAUCAAGUCCGUCGCCAAGGUCGACAAGGCUGGCAAGGUCACCAAGGCUGCCCAGAAGGCUUCCAAGAAAUAGAUGCCAUAACCGUGGAUCUAAAGAUGCGAUGAGCGGCUGCGUUGGUCUGCUCUGUCGCGGAGGAGUAACAUUCUCGUCGCGAUCGUACGGACUGCAUGCAUCGCUGCGCGUUGCAUUGCAUGGGUUUCAUUGGUUUUAGCGAUAUCCCUCGUCUUUGUGCAUCUAUUCUCCUACAACCACCACGACAAGAACAAUCUCUCAGCAUAGCGUCAGGUCACAGGCUCUAUUGCCGGGUCAAAUCAACCGAAAAUCACGCAAAACACAACGAUUCAUGCAAUGUGUUAAUGGCGACUUCAUGCUUUUUCUUAUGUAAACGAUGAAUGGGGGUUGCCCAAAAUCAUGAUCCGUGAUGAAAGGCAAAAUUCAUUACCCUGAGGGAGGUCUGCUUCCUUGAGAAGAGGGGGCUUUUCCUCAAAGCUACUAUGAUAGAUUUCCCUUUUCACUUCUAGCCAUUAGGCGAAGUCAAAAUAUAGAAGCGAUG